AUGAGUAAAAAGUCCCUAGGGAAACCACCAGUAGAGUUCGAUAUAGAGAGAAUAGAGAGGAUCAACGAUCUGAUGUUUUUGGAACACAUCUGGAAGGUGGAAAAAUAUGUCACACAGUGUCCUAAAUCGACAGAAAAACCCAGAAUUUCUGCAGCUUCCGAUUGGGAGGAGUUUGAAAAAGAUUUUGAUAUAUCAAAUCAUUUAUUAGGAAUGUCGAAAGAAGAAGUACAAAACUAUUGCAACGAUUUAGAAGUAUAUCUAUAUGAAGAGCAUGAGCAGCAGCAAGAGCAUGUGCAGCUGCAGCAACAUCAGAACACGGAACAGUUGCAGCAAGAAGAAGAGCAGCAACAGCAAGAAGAAGAGCUGCAGAAGCAAGAAGAAGAGCAGCAGCAACAAGAAGAAGAAACUUCAGAAGCACAUAUUGAUUUGAUUAAAUUUCUACAAGAUACUGCAAUAUUUUUUUCUCGAAAAAUGAAAAGUAUAUUGCUUACAAAUACAAAUGAUAAAACUUUUAAAUCUAAUGUCACGCAACCUCUACUUGGGGAUAUUGAAGAAAACAUACAGAUCAACAUAAAUAAAUUUAACCCAAUGCGUACUGGUAGCUCUUAUAUACCUUUACCGACAUUUAUAGAGAAAAGAAAAGCAUGCCUCAAUGUUAAAAAUUUUGAGAACAAAUGCUUCAUAUGGGCAAUUUUAUCUGCCUUGCAUCCUGCAAACCACAACAAUCAUCCAAAUAGAUUGAGCAAUUACAUAUUAUAUGAAUAUACAUUAAACAUGAGAGGUAUUGAGUUACCGGUAUCAUAA